GAGAGCACAUAUAUAUGGGUUGUGUAGUACGUUAAAUAGACUCUACUCAAUAAACAAUUUGUUUAACGUUAAUUAGUUUUAUUAAUUCAUUAAGAAUUUAUUUAAAAUCACAUAAAAAUAAAACUGUUUUGAUAAAUAUGGCGAAUUCAUGGUGUGGACGUGACUUCAAGCCUCGUAUAUUUGCCAAGCACAAUCCAGUUAUUUGCUACAAUAAACCACAGGCAGCACAAGUGUCACAUGAAGAAUACGAUAAUAGGCGAUAUGAAGCUAUAAUGGGUGAAAUGAUAGAGACUUUGAUAGUGCCUAAACGGUCUGCUAAAACAUGGACAAUGCAAGCAGGUGACCUCUGCCGUGUAACUGUGUGUGAUGGUUCACAAGUGGGUGAUUUAAAUUUUUGGAAUUUGGAAAACACCAAAGAGCGAUUUUAUUCAGGCAAAACUCGUCAAUUACACAGCACGCACCUAAAAGUGUACGAUCGUCUAUGGAGUUGCUUACCUUAUCUGCGACCAAUGGCAACCUUUGUAUUUGAUUCGUUAGCGAAGUAUGGCGUUGAUGAGGAUGGGGGCUCAUUGCAUGAUGUUGUGGGCACUCGUUGCGAUGAUUACACGUAUAAACUAAUAACCGGUAUUGAACGUUUUGGCAGUUGUCAUAGUUAUCUGACAAAAGCAAUUCAAGAAGAGCGUGGUUUAACAGAAGCGGAUGUGCAUGAUGUAUGGAACAUUUUUAUGUGUACUGGAUUUUCAAAACAUACUCAGCAGUACUUCUGCAAACCUAGUCCAGCACAAAAAGGUGAUUUUAUAGAAUUUAUAGCUGAUAUGAAUUUGUUGGUUGCUUUAAGCGCUUGUCCACAAGGUGAUGUGUCUAUACCAGUGGGUCAAGAGGUACCUGAAAAUAAAUGUCAUCCACUUAAAGUGGAAGUUUUUCGCAAAAAAUAUUUGUAAAUGUUAUAGCUCUUAAAUAGUUUAAUAAAAAAUAA